AUGGAACAUUCACAACCAUCUCUCUCGCGACAUGGACUUGACCUAGAUCAAGCCGGGAACUGCACAGCAGCAACAACCAUUCCUUUCGAUCUCAUCUUCGAGAUACUCUCUCUACUUCCUGCGAAAUCGCUAUUCCGAUUCCAGUCCGUGUCAAAGCAAUGGUUCUCUACCAUCCGCAGCAAAAGUUUUGUCGACUCGUUCCAGACUAGGUCAAAGACUCGUCCUCGUCUCCUUCUCACGCUGUAUCGCAGAGAUGCUGAGAAGAAAUUAAUCUUCUCGGCUCCUGAACACACAGACGAUGAUAAAUCCUCCUCCAGUUUCAGUGUCAUGGCAAGAUACGACACGACCAUCUCGGAUGCGGACGAUACGUUCUAUGGUUCUGCCAACGGUUUUGUCUGCUUCAUAGGUGCUCGUUGUGAUCCCACUAUCACCAUUUAUAAUCCCACUACAAGACAAGUUGUGAAGUUGCCAGAAGUUAAACCCAACGGAAGAUACAUGAACGCAGGUCUUGGGUAUGAUCCAGUUGAAGAUCAAUACAAGGUGUUUUGUGUGAUGAUGUUCGGCUCUGAACAGGAGCAUUUCGUUUGCACUUUGAGUUCAUCUCAGAAACAAGAGUGGAGAAGGAUCGAGAACCCGCUCGGAGAUAAUUACGAUUAUGUCUACUCCGGACAGACAUGCAUUGAUGGUGCUCUAUACUCUGGAGUUGGUCUUCAGAUAAGAAUAGUUAGGUUCGAUGUUAGAUCAGAGAAGAUUGAGUUUAUUAAAACACCCGAAGAAUUAUACCUUCCCAGUCUUAUAAAUUACAAGGGAAAAUUGGGCAGUGUAAAAUAUUUAUGUUAUUCUAGCACAGAAGUUUUGAUGACACUGUGGGUUCUUGAGGAUGCUGGGAAACAGGAAUGGUCGAGAAUGAAGUUUGUUCUACCUUAUCAGUGGGAAGAUGUCUUUAGCCCUACACUGUCUAGAGUAGUGAUCCAUGGGGGGGAGCUUAUGGUGUUUGAUCCAUGCUUACAGUCAUCUGAGCCUUUUUAUGUUUGGUGUUGUGAUCUUAAUAAAAAGAGUAUAAGAAAAGUCGAGAUCAGAGGACUGACGGAUGGUCAUUUCAGACGUAUAACCGGUGAGAUGUUAUGUUAUCCAGGUCACAUUGAGAAUAUUAGGUUCUUGUAA